UUUACAAUAAUUUUAUGACGUCAAUCGCAGCAUGGUUAGUCACGCAAAAAGUUAAUGAAAAGUUCCAAAGAUCCUAGGCAGUAAUAACAUUCAAUCGGCUUUUUUCGAGGAGAUUUUAGUCGGAACAAUGAGUUAUUAAGAUUGUUUAUUUUGGUCUUGUUCCAUUUCCGUUGCUGAAUUUAUCACUUUUGUCUCGCGCUCGUUGACUUUUGACUUCCGGUAGGUAUAGUAUAACCUGCUAUCUCAUGGGGGGUCGGUUUGAGUGUUGUCAAUAUGCAGGCACACAGCGGUUACAGCCGAAUAUUUGAUCUCAGCAAGACGAGACUUCAGCCCAAAACUCAAGAAUGAGAAUCGUGCGUAUUCUCUCCAUCGAAAGUUAACGAGACGCACUAUUCGGGCGUCUGAAAAUUGGAGAUGAUGCCCGCGCAAGAUUUACCCGGCUCGCAAACUCCUGGUCAGAGAGUCUUCUGGAGGGAAGAACGUGAAGACGAAGCCAUUUAUUCGGUAUCACUGAAGAAAGUGAGAUACCGCUCGAGCGAUAAGUUUCUUCCUUCUCCUGACGAAGACGAACAACCAGUCUCUCAUCUUCAGUGGGAGAUGAUGAAGAUCAGAACCAUUAAAGCCGGUUCUUUAACGAAGCUUGUGGAACAUUUAGCACCCCCAAUUGCUUCAUUUGACGAGGUUGAUCCUGGCUACAUUAUGGCGUUCAUGACUACGUAUAGAACUUUUUCAACAAUGACGGAAAUCGUGGAUCUACUUUUCGAGCGUUACCGACUAUUUGUGGAAAAUGCUGCUCAGGAAAAGGAGGAGGUAGUUGACAAAGUGCUGAGGGGCAUUGCUUCAGUGUUCCAUGUAUGGCUAGAACACUUCCCUUCUGAUUUUGAUGAGCCAGAUUACACAACUCUACUAAAAAUACAAAGCUUUGUGACAUCAGAGAUGAGGGCUAGUCAUGGAGAAGAAUUAGCUAAGAAGAUACAACAACGUCUUGAUAAAUUUAGGAUCACUCCAUUUGAAGAUGAAGAUAUUGAGAUAAUUACAUGUCCCCUUCCUGUGUCACCAAAGUUUGGUUUUCAAGAUGACAUGUGCUCAAUUCCAGAAGAGACUGAGUCUUGUUUGGAUUUUCUGACCCAACCAACCAAUGAGUGUGCCGAGCAGCUAACAGUGAUGGAUGCGAAACUGUUCAAGAAGGUGAUAGCAUGGCAUUGCCUGGGUUGUGUUUGGGGAAAAAACAAAAAGGAAGGAAGAGCAGCCACUGUGAAGGCCACGGUCGACCAGUUCAAUGCUGUGUCUCUUCGUGUCAUUUCCACCAUUUUAACUUGCACUGAAAGCAAAACAAGUGGGCCAAACAUGAGGGGGAAGUACAUUUCACAAUGGAUAAAUGUAGCACAGGAGUGUAGAGAUCUGAAGAAUUUCUCAUCCCUCAAAGCUAUCUUGUCAGGUCUGCAGUCAGCUUCAAUUCACAGACUCAAAAAAUCGUGGUCUCAUGUUUCUAGAGAUGUUCAUAAUUUGUUUCUCGAACUCUCAAACAUUUUCUCAGAAGACAGCAAUCAACAGAGUAGUAGAGAACUUCUCAUGAAGGAAGGAACUGCAAAGUGGGCGCAGCCAGAAAGUUCACCAACUAAGAAAUUGCCUAAUAUUAAGAAACGGAAGUCACGCUUCAUGGACCUGGUAAGUGUUUCUAUGACGGUCUUACAUACCUUUUCAUUUUCUUUUGUCGGCAAUGCCUAACACAACGGUGAUUGUUAUUCUUUUCUUGUAUCCAAUGCAAUAUUUGUGUCAUGGACUCAUUCUAUACUGAUACCCGAAACUACGAGUUGUCCUCUUUCGGCGAAAUUGUCGCGCGAGUCGGAAAAAAAAAACAAAUCAGUGAAAAAAAACCUGAUGAUGUUAGCGCGCCGUGCAGAACCUGGGAGUGAGGCACACGAAAAGUACACCGGGCGGUCCUCGACGAAAAGCAGGGAGUGCUCGUAGUCUGCUGUACCCUUAAACUGACUGACUUGUAACUUUUUUUUAACAAUAUCAACACAUAGUUCAGCAAGCAGUGGAUGAAAAUAUAUCAGCUAAGGGGUGAUAUUAUCGGCUGGUCAAAUUAUUCUAGUGUUUUUUUUAGUACUUUUUAAAUUUAAUUUCAAAAGGCUCCAUGAAUGCAUUACCCAAGCGAUUUUGUUAAAAAAAAAAAACAAAACAAAAC